CCCCUAACUACGAAAAUUGACACGCUCCCUUACUUCCCCGUGAUGUUGUUGAACGUUGAACGAGAGACGCACGAGCAGUAGCACGUCUCGCGCCGAUCAUAGGAGAGCUUAUUCCUGGUUUUGAAGCGACCCAAGGCGUUGAAUCGUAGCGGAUUAAUCAUCAAACAAGGGCAGGAAGUGUGUCUCCAUCAGUAUGGAUCAUUCAGUGUGGACAUAUCUCUCGGUUGAUUGACAAGCAAGAGGGAUGGGCCGUCUACAGGAAGAGUUUCAUUAGGUGGAGAAGACCAGACCCUCAAAUCCCACAAGUCUCGACCAUGAAACUCGACCCAUACUGAACUCUGCCUAUACAGAAAACGCCCAAACAUGGCCUCCAUAUACUUAUGGAAGCUGUCAUCCCAGAAGCUAGGCUUCUUCCUGGUGAGUUUUGGCUUCAUCUGGGGUAUGAUGCUACUGCACUUCACCAUCCAGCAAAGGACGACGCACGAGAGCAGCGCCCAGUUACGCGUGCAGAUCCUCGACCUGAGCAAGCGCUACAUCAAAGCUCUGGCCGACGAGAACCAGGGCGUCAUGGAUGGACCUUACGUGGGGACCAUGACUGCAUACGACUUGAAGAAGACUCUAGCUGUGCUGCUGGACAACAUCAUGCUGAGGCUGUCCAAGCUUGAGUCCAAAGUGGACACCAUAAUCGUCAUCAAUGGCUCGGCGUCUAAUCUGACCAACAGCACGGUGGCUCCUGCUCCCAUCUCCGCCAAUGGCGAGAAGGUCAAUGUGGCAGACCUGCUCAGUGGAGCCCAAGAAAAGUGUGAACUGCCCCCUCUUGACGGCUUCCCGCACUGUGAGGGCAAGAUGAAGUGGAUGAAGGACAUGUGGCGUUCAGAUGCCUGCUAUGCAAAUUACGGCGUAGACGGAACCGUGUGCAGUUUCUUCAUCUACCUGAGCGAGGUGGAGAACUGGUGUCCUCGUCUGCCGUGGAGGGGCAACAACGCUAAUGACGAUUUGGACAAACAAGGACAGCUGGAGAUCCGGACGAGUCUGGACGAGCUGUAUCGUGUGAUGUCACGGCGCGAGGAGUUCCGCUGGAUGAUGUUGAGGAUAAAGCGGAUGGAGGAGCGGUGGCUCGGCGCCGUGCACUCGCUCAGUCUCAAACAAGACCUGCGCAACCGCAAGCGAAAGAAGAUUCUUGUGCACCUGGGCCUGCUGACGAAGGAGUCUGGCUUCAAGAUAGCUGAGAAUGCGUUCAGCGGGGGUCCACUGGGGGAGCUGGUGCAGUGGAGUGACCUCAUCACCACUUUAUACCUGCUGGGCCAUGACAUCCGUAUCUCAGCCUCCAUCGCUGAGCUUAAAGAGAUCAUGAGGAAGGUGAUGGGAAACAAGUCCAGCUGUCCCACACAGGGUGACAAAGUGGUGGAGCUCAUCUACAUUGACAUCGUGGGUCUGUCUCAAUUUAAGAAGACACUAGGGCCCUCGUGGGUGCAUUACCAGUGCAUGCUGCGAGUGUUGGACUCGUUCGGGACGGAGCCGGAGUUUAACCACGCUCACUACGCUCAGUCUAAAGGCCACAAGACUCCGUGGGGCAAGUGGAACCUUAACCCUCAACAGUUCAACACCAUGUUCCCUCACACUCCCGAUAACAGUUUCCUGGGCUUCGUAGUGGAGCAGCACCUGAACGCCAGCGACAUCAAACACAUCGAUGACGUCAAGCGUCAGAACCAGUCGCUCGUCUACGGGAAGGUGGAUAAUUUCUGGAAGGAUAAAAAGAAGUACUUGGAUAUCAUCCACUCGUACAUGGAAGUCCACGCGACCGUACACGGCAGCAGUACCGUUCAUUUGCCUGCCUACGUCAAAAACCAUGGCAUCCUGAGUGGACGGGAUCUACAGUUCCUGCUUCGCGAGACCAAGCUGUUUGUAGGUUUGUCCUUCCCUUAUGAAGGCCCCGCCCCCCUGGAGGCUAUAGCCAAUGGCUGUGCAUUCCUGAACCCCAAGUUUAAUCCACCCAAGAGCAGCAAGAACACUGAUUUCUUUAAGGGCAAGCCUACCCUGAGAGAGCUGACUUCACAGCACCCGUAUGCUGAGGUCUACAUCGGCCAGCCACAUGUUUGGACUGUAGACAUAGAGAAUCCUGGAGAAGUGGACAGAGCGAUCAGAGCCAUCCUCAGUCAGAAGAUCGAGCCCUAUCUGCCAUACGAGUUCACCUGUGAAGGGAUGCUGCAGAGACUCAACUCCUUCAUCGAGAACCAGGAUUUCUGUCACGGUCAGGUGAUGUGGCCUCCUCUCAGCGCUCUGCAGGUGAAAAUGGCUCCAGCAGGCAAAUCUUGCAAGCAGGUAUGUCAGGAGGAGCAGCUGAUCUGCGAGCCAUCCUUCUUCCAGCACCUGAACAAGGACAAGGAUCUGGCCAGGUUUGGUGUGGAGUGCAGGACGGUGGAGAGUGUCGGGGACAUCGUGGUUCCUGCGUUCAGCGAGUCGUCACGUCACUGUGUGCUGCAGGCUGAUCUGCUGCUGUUCAGCUGUGCGGGAGCUCACCCUUCACUCCAGCGUGUCUGCCCCUGCAGGGACUACAUGAAGGGCCAGGUGGCUCUGUGCAAGGACUGCUUAUAACACACACACACUCACGCACACACAUUCCAGUGUUUCCCCUUUUAGCCCUGGGUCGGGGUCCCCAUCAUUUUAGUGUCAGACAAUGUUUUCAUAUAGAACGGUUUCUACUGCCUGUGUACAAUAACCAGCUCCCCACAUUUUUAACGGAAAACUACUGUCCAUCAAGAGCAAGCGAAACCGCAAGAUAUUUAGUUAUCACGCACAUGUCAUUUAUUAGGUAAGGUUUUCCAAAAAAUGGAAAUGUCUUUUAGGAAAGAGAAAAGGUUUGCUUUGUGAAGCUCGUUAAUUCGGAUCAGAGAUUAGGGAUCAUUGAUCAUUGUUAGGCUGAUUUCUGCUUUGGUUUGAAACUUCGGGGUCUGAGAGAUAUAGCACAGACAUGGAGGAGACAAAUACCCCGUAAUUACAAAUUCCCUCUAGUUACUAAAUCCCAAUAAUUUGCCAAUUACAAAUAAUUGCUGAUUUCCAAUAAUUACUGAUUCCCAAACAUUUCAAAUGCCUGCUAAUUUACCAAUAAUUUCCAGUAAUUACCAAUAAUUACCAUUUCUCAAUAAUUCAGUUCCCAAUAAUUACAAGUUCCCAAUAAUCACCAGUAAUUACCAGUUCCCAUUACCAGUUCUCAAUAAUUACCAGUUCCCAAUAAUCACCAGUUCCCAAUAAUCAUCAGUAAUUACCAGUUCCCAAUAAUCACCAGUAAUUACCAGUUCCCUAUAAUUAUCAAUUCCCAAUAAUCACCAGUAAUACUAGUUCCCUAUAAAUACCAGUUCCCAAUAAUCCCCAGUAAUUGCCAGUUCUCUAUAAUUACCAGUUCCCAAUAAUCACCAAUAAUUACUAAUUCCCGAUAAUUACCUGUUCUCACUAAUUACCAAUUCCCAAUAAUCAACAAUUACUAAUAAUUACCAAUAAUUACCAAUUCCCAAUGAUCUCCAGUUACUAAUUACCAAUAAUUACUGAUAGCCAAUGCGCACUAAUUACCACUUUCUAAUAAUAAUUAGCAAUAAUGUCAGAUUUCUACUAAUAGCCAAUAAUUGCAGAUUUCUAUUAAUGACCGUCGCCCACUCUGUGUCCUUGGGGGUCCAGCGGAGGGAUCCUGCGCUCUCUCUGCCACAGCCUGGGUUCUGUUACUAAGAAGAGAACUGACCCAGUCACUGAGGGGUUAACUCUAAGUGCCGGUCCCAAGCCUGGAUGUGAGGUUUGCAUCAGGAAUGAAUCCGGUAUAAAACCUGUGCCAAAUUUAAUGAAGUCUAUUUUUAAAUAGAAUGCUGUGGCAACCCUUAACAGGGAGCAGCUCAAGGACAACAACAACAACUGCCCACUAAUUACCAAGUACCCACAUGUACCAACUUCUAUUAAUUGUGUCUUUAUCGAAUUCUUAAUAAAUUACUAAUUGCCGAUCAUUUCAAACAUCUGCGGAUCCACUAACUGCCAAUUUCCAUUAAUUACGAUCGCUCAGUAAUUAGCAUUUACCAGUAUGAACCAAUUCCCAAUUCCAAAUAAUUCCUAAUUGACAAUGAUUUUUAGUCAUUUUCAUUUCCCACUAAUUUCCACUCAAUUUCCAAUAAAAAUCAAUCCCCAAUUAUUCCAAAUGCUCGCUAAUUAGCUGCAAGGAAUUGAGAAAAGUGUCUCUGAACUCCAGAUAAAUCCUGAGGAACUGUCACUAGUUCAAUUCUCAGUCCUAAACCUUUGUUAAAGAGAUCUGCGACAAAUAUCAUGCUGUCUUUAGGUCUGAUCUGUUGUGUUUGGUUUAAAACAAAAAAGGUCAGGUUGAUACGAGGGGAAACACUGCACACCUGCACACAUGCUCCAAGCUGAAGCUUUGUGUGUUUCACAAGAAUUUCAAAAGGGACAAAUACAAAGGCCAGAGUGAACAAGUUGAUGAGCUGUUCUCCAAAAACACGGCCUGAAAUACUUGAAGGAGGCACGCAGGAUCCCCGGACCUCGUCACUGCCCCGUGUGUGUGUGUGUCGCAGGAGACGCUCCAGCGCUGCGCUCUUUAGAUUUUAUUCUAUUUUAUCCAAUCCAUCUCCUGUUCGCCGCGGGACCAACGUGUCCAGGAAGGAACUUGAUUAAUGCAUCAGGAGAAGGUUGGAGACCCUGCGUGUGGAGGAUUUUUUUUUUUUAUCAGACUGCCUGCACUGCACUGCGUUCCCAUGUACAUAGAAAUUUUAAACUAGGAGUAAAUGUGUUGCAGAGUACCCACAAUGACACACACACACACAUUUUCUCGGUCUUCUGUUUCGUGGCCUGCUUUUAGCAAACAACGAGAACACGUUCUGGUCCUCUGUGAUGUGAUUUAGCUCCGCAAGCCGCACUCUCCCGAACCCAACUCAUUCAGUCCUCCAGAGUUUUCUUUCGAGAUCAUAUUCAAAUCACUCGGAAACGAAACCCGUGACGUUUAGAUUGGUCGUCUCAAAUCUCAUGUACAAAAUAUAUUCAAAAAAAAAAAAAAAAAAAAAGGAAAGGAAAAAAGAAAGAAAAAUCCACUUUUUAAAUCUACAAAAAAAUUUGUUUUAUUUUAAAUUUUAUUUUAUUUAUUUAUUUUUUAUUUUUUUUAAGCAAAUCUUCACUAAGCGUCAGAUCUUUUCCUUCUUUCUUGAGUGAAAGUGCACUACGCAAAGCUUACGUACUGAAAAAUCAGAUAUGUGACACUGUACAAUUGUUCAUAAGGAUUUUUUUUUAUUUAUUUUGUAUAAAAUAUUAUGUCUGGUGAUUUUUUUUUUUCCCUUUAAUUUACAUAGAGUAUAGUUUUUUUUUUUGCUUUACAGAAGGAUAUAUUAUUUAUGCUAAGUUAAGUGUGUUAAAAGCGUGCACGUGCUUGUCUAAGACAGACCGACAGACGUAGGACGUCAAGGACGAUGGCACAAUCGGAGAGAUCGCCUUUUUCAACUUUUUAUUUUAUUAAUAUUGCUACUAUUAUUGUUAUUCUUAUUAAUGUUAUGACUAAAAAUACACUGGAAUGAUCGGAAAUCGUUUUUAAAUUAUUCGUCCCUUAAAUAAUGCUGAGGAAAAGGAUCGUUUUUUCUUUUUUUUUAUUCUUUUCUUUUCUUUUUUUUAAGACUACUGAUGGUAAAGAGUGAUGUGUUGAUUUUAUUUUAUUUUAAUUUUUUUUUAGUAUAUAUAUAUAUAUAUAGUAUCAUUUUUCCCCCCUCAGUGUCCCUGUUGUGGACAAGCAGUGCACCUUGUUUUAUUUUAUUUUAUUUUAUUUUUUUAAGAAAACCUCAUUUUUAGCUUUUGUGUGUCACAUUUGCACAUUUGUAUAUACAGACGGGUUUCUUCGCUUGUUCUCUAACUUAUUCCGUCUUUUUUGUCCCCCCUCCCCCCUUCCCCUGCACCAAGAUCUCAGUUUGUAUAUAAUCGUGACGACCUUCAGCCAAGCUACUGUUUUUAUUUUCUGUUCUGAUGUGCCUUUUCCCCUGAAAGCCGUGUCGAGCAAGUGUAGUCGUGUAGAACGUGUAGAAUGGAAAAAAAGGAAGAAAAAAAAACCAAACAGAGCCGUUUUAAUCCGUUAAAAAAUGGAUCGGGUUUUUUUUUUUUUUUUGCCAAAAGUGGUAGUUAGAAAUGUAAAAGCUGGUCUUUGUUUACAAUGGUGGAUGAAGCGUGAAAAAGGUGCACGUGUGAUGAACAGCCUAGUCACAGCUUCGUUACAGCUUCGUUAAUGAGAUUAGAAGCUUUAGGUGCAGUAAUUACGCAAAGUAUUGAUGCAAAAAUGCAAACCUGUUUACUGCUAGAUUUUUAUUUUAUUGUUUUGUUUUCGUUUUUUUUUUUCCCUCCACGUGUGUGGCUCAACCUUUUCAUCGGGUCAUCUGCUUCAUGUGUUUCAUGUGAUGAUAGAAGAUUAGAGGACGAGUUUUUUAAAAAAAAUAAUAAUAAAAAAAAAAGUCAUUUUGGUUUUUUUUUUUGAUCAAUACGCUGGAUAUAUCUUUAUUUUUCAAUAAACUCUUUCUGUGACAACAGAAAUUUCAAUAUAA